UGACCCUCAUUCCACCAGAAGACCUCAAUCUUUUUAAGAUCCGUGCGGGUCUGAUACUGUAAGCUCAGGAUGUGGCUCACAUUGGUGACUCUUGUGAUCCUUUGUGCCACAGGGAGAAGUGCUGAAAAUGUUUCAGAAAGCAAAGCUGAGAAUGAAGAGCUCAUCAUAGCCAGAGGAAAACUGCUGGCUCCCAGUGUUGUCGGAUGAUCCAUAAAGAAAAUGCCGGAGCUCUAUAAAUUCCUCAUGGAGCGAUGGGCAUUGUAUCAUAACCUGGAGUAUGUGUCAACAGAGGAGAAAAAACCACGGCUGAUCUUCUACAAUGAUAAAGAUGAGGAGGUGAAGGUUAUUCCUGUGAAAAAGAUGACAGCCGAUGAGAUCAGCAGCUUGCUAGAUUCUCUUGGUUUCUAUAGGAGGUCACAGAAAGGUGAGGAGGUCCCAGAGGAGUUUAAACAUUUCCCUUUAAAAGCACCUCGGGAUGAAUUGUGACACCUGCUGGUUAAAGCUGCCACUGCUACCAAUGACGUCCAGCAUCUCAAGGCUGAACACAGCCAGACUCUGGACUGACACACACACGGCAUGAGGCGGUUUGUUGUACCACUGUCCUAAAUCUCACUGUAUACAGAUUUUACAAUAAAGUUUCAUAUGAAAUCUU